AGGGGAGGAGAAAGAGAGAUCCCGCGCUUUAAACGUCGCCGGCGGGACCCACUGUUCCCCGGACGGUGAUCGCAGUUUUCAACCCUUGGAACUGUACUGCUGCUGUUACGUUUACCUAACAACAAGAACACAUAUCCCCCCCCUCUCUCUCUCUCUCUCUCUCUCUCUAAAUUUUCACAUUCCCCGAAAAACCUAAUUUUUUCCCCAGUUCACAUUUUCCCGAUUGCUCCAAGAUCCAAUCACGCAAUUUUGAUUUUUUUGAAAAAUCUUGGGUUCUUGGUCAAGUUCCGGUAUGAAAAAUCCCACAAAGAGUAGGAAAAUCUGAUGAGGCGAGGAUGGGCACUACAAUGCCGGGCUGUUUCUUCACGAGUAUCCUGUUCUUGAUCCCGAUUUCGACGCUCCUGAGCUCCGGGAGCUGCCAUGGCCGGAUCUUCUCCUUUGAGAUGCACCACAGAUUCUCCGACACUGUGAAGCGGUGGGCCGAUUCCACCGGAAAACUCGCUAGUUUCCCGCCCAAGGGGAGCUUCGAGUACUACGACGUCCUUGCCCUCCGCGAUCGCCUCAUCCGCGGCCGUCGCCUGUCGGAGACUGACUCGUCGUCGUCGCUCACUUUCUCUGACGGGAACUCCACUUUUCGUAUCAGCUCUCUCGGAUUUUUGCAUUACACGACGGUUCAAUUGGGCACACCGGGGCUGAAGUUCAUGGUGGCUCUUGACACGGGCAGCGAUCUUUUCUGGGUACCUUGUGAUUGCGGUAGAUGUGCACCGACCGAAGGCGCUGCUUAUGCUUCUGAGUUCGAACUCAGCAUCUACAACCCUAAAAUUUCAUCCACGAGCAAAAAGGUGACCUGCAAUGACAGCUUAUGUGCACAGCGUAACCAGUGCCUUGGAACAUUCAGCACUUGCCCUUACAUGGUAUCUUAUGUCUCUGCUGAAACUUCGACGUCUGGUAUUCUUAUGGAAGAUGUUCUGCACUUGGCAACAGAGGAUGAGAGUCCAGAACGCGUUAAGGCGUAUGUCACAUUCGGCUGUGGACAGGUUCAAAGUGGUUCCUUUCUGGACAUAGCUGCUCCGAAUGGGUUGUUUGGUCUGGGCAUGGAAAAGAUCUCUGUUCCGAGCAUUUUGUCAAGGGAAGGUCUAAUCGCCGAUUCUUUCUCCAUGUGUUUUGGGCAUGAUGGAGUUGGAAGGAUCAGCUUCGGGGAUAGGGGAAGUUCUGAUCAGGAAGAAACACCACUUAACGUGAACCCAUUGCACCCAAACUACAAUGUCACAGUGGCACGGGUGCGUGUGGGGACAAGUCUAAUCGAUGCUGAGUUCACUGCUCUCUUUGACACCGGAACCUCUUUUACUUAUUUGGUUGACCCAAUGUAUACACGAGUUUCAGCGAGUUUCCAUUCUCAGGCCCAAGAUAAACGUCAUCAGCCAGAUUCAAGGAUCCCUUUUGAGUAUUGUUAUGACAUGAGCUCGGAGGCAAAUCCCAGUUUGGUACCGAGUAUGAGCCUGACGAUGAAAGGAGGCGGCCACUUCAGCGUCAAUGAUCCUAUAAUUGUCAUUUCCACCGAGGGUGAACUUAUAUAUUGCCUAGCUGUUGUCAAAAGCUCAGAACUGAACAUAAUCGGGCAAAACUUCAUGACUGGAUAUCAGGUGGUAUUCAACAGAGAAAAACUUAUACUGGGAUGGAAGAAAUUCGACUGCUAUGAUAUCGAAAAGACCAAGAAGACGAAGCUUUCCCGAGCAAACAGAACAGAGGUGUCGCCUGCCAUGGCAGCCGGAGUAGGCACUGCUCCUUCUCCUCCUCAACCAUCCAAAACGAGCCAUGAUGCCUCACUUAGUUCCUCUUCCGACAGACGGAUUGUCUCAAAGCCUCUUGUCUCUCUGCAGAUUAGCGUUCAUGUUUUGCUUCUGCUGCUUGUAGCUAUCUGUUCUUGACAUUUUCAUUCAAUCUCUUCUCUCGCUAUCCCAAAAAAAAAAGGCCAUCCAUUUGUUGUAUCAUUACAACCAUAGCAUCAAAAGUAUAUAGCCUUUGUACAAGAAUGUUCUUUCUUGAAAUCUGAGAUGAGAUCAGAUAAUUUUACA